AUGUUCGCCCGCAGCGGGUCCAAGGAGCGUAGCUCCACGAGGAAGCCCACACCUCCUUCUCCGUCCUACAUGUCAAACGAGCAAUUUGCCGCCUAUCUUGCAGACCUCCGAAAGAACCGCAUGAACAGGCCUGCAGGCGCUCGUCCCCUGCCUGCUCCGAAACAGGAUGGUCUCGGCUUGUCUACCAGUGGCCAGUCGUCCGUCGGAGCCCCGUCACCUUCGAUAUCACCCUUACCCCAGCACCGCUCCCACCAUCGCACGCAAUUCGAUACCGGCAGCGUGGCUCCAUCUGCCACGCGCCCAUCAAUUGCGCCCAGUGUCUCGUCAAGACCCUCAACCACGACAAGAGGAAAAGAUUAUUACCCCGAUCAGCCCGUUGAACCGUUGAAACCUUCUGAGGUUGUACCCAGCGCAACAUACAUCGAGCGUGGCCAGCGGUGGAUGGAAAAGGAGGAGGCUUUCUCUCUACGCCGAGCGAUGGAAGAUAUGAAUCUCAAGGAGCGGGCUCAACAGGGCAAUGAUGGGGCCGACGAGAGCGAAGAGGGCAAGCGGCUUUACGAUGCCGCCCUCAACGAGGCCGCUGAGCUGGUCUGGCAGCACCAGAAUCCCGGAAAGCUGCCUCGGCCAGGUGCCCCCUACCGAUACAGACCGCAUCUGCGAAAGAACAGUUACGCGCACGCCCGCACCGCUAGCGUCGGUAGAUAUGGAAGCGACGUCGCGCCAACUGGACUUGCCCGAGACCCUCAUUCGCGCUCGGUAUCCGGUAGCUCGACCGAGGGGGACAGCCCGGGAUCGGCUGGCGGUCGUCCCUCCUUUGCCUCCUCUCGCCAGUCGCCUGGCAAUGAGUCAGGCGUGGCGUGGGGCCGAACUGCUGACGCUCCUGCUCGUAACUCGAAACCGUACGGCGACAUUCCUGGCAGCUCCCGCCCGCUCCCCGGAGUGCGUUCCAGAAGUAGGCAAAAGAGGAACAUGAGCGGCGACGUUCAAAAGCACUUCUCGGGUGAUCAGAUCUGGGAAGAGCCGGACAAUGAGGUUCCGGCCCAGCCCCAAGGUUCGGCGCCCGAAGACGCCGUCAACCCGCUGCGGCCAAAGCCAAAGGAACCCCUGAACCGCGUUCAAUCCGCUCCCAAGCCGCCCGCUGGAACGAAGCCGACCACUGCUCCUCAUUCGCCCGGAAAUCUGGUCUCCAAGUACGAAAUAUAUCGGAACCCGCCGAGCCAGUCUCGAAACCCACAGUACACCACCAACGCUCCGGUCACGGCUUCACCUGUGCAAAAGUACGAUGCGCCUCGAAAACACGGCGUAGAGAUUCGCAGCGAGGACAUUAGACAAGCCACAAGCAUGAAGUUGAAAGACCGCAGCCCGAAGCUCCCCACCCCGUCUGCUGUCAGCGAUAGUCCUGGUCGACCUAUCGUAAGCUUUAAUAAAGAUUGGAAGCCCCCAGAGGAGGCUACUGACGACAAGUCAGAAGAGUCGAGAGCCGGGCGACGGGCCGUCAACCACCCAGCAUGCCUCGUCCCAGGAGGGCUCCGCCGCCAACAGCCGCAGCAGCAGGCCCAGGCGAUCCCUGCUAUCUCUGUUACGGAUGAUCUUACGGCCUCGCCAGCCCCGUCAUCCUCGCCGACACGUCGCCCACAACCCCCGCCGCCAGGUAUUCAAGUAAAUGGGCCGUCGAUCCCUGUGAUUGCGGUAUCCGACUCUUCUUCACCUUCCCCUCCAACCAUUGUAGUUGAGCCUGAUGGAGCAGACAAAAGCCCCAGCAUACCCGUGAUUGUGACACCUGACGAUAGCACCAGAAGCACGGGCGCUGCCUCUCGUCGUCCCCUCCCAACUCCCCAAGUCGGAGGCCCUAAGGUCCGGCAGGCGAUACGGCCUCGCGGACAUUCGUCGCCCGCACCAAAGCCAGUCGGAAUUCGAGCCACCGCCUGCUGCCACGAGUGCGGAGACAGCAUCGAGGGUCGCUUUAUAUCGCUGGCUGGCACCUCGGAGCGGUUCCACCCGCAAUGCUUCACCUGCUACGCCUGCGGCACCUCCCUGGAGGCGCUCGAGAUCUCUCCCGAGCCUGACGAGCACCGCGCGGCCCGCCUCGACCGCAUUGCCCGCCGCGCCAGAGGCGAAGUGCUUACUGAAGAACCGGGCCAGACGAUGGCCGAGGACGGCGACGAGCGCCUGCGCUUCUUCUGCCAUCUCGACUGGCACGAGCUGUUCGCCCCGCGCUGCAAGCACUGCAAGACGCCCAUCAUGGGCGAGCACGUGGUGGCGCUAGGCGCCCACUGGCACUUUGGGCAUUUUUUCUGCGCCGAGUGCGGCGACCCGUUCGAGAAGGGCAUGACGCAUAUCGAAAAGGACGGCUAUGCGUGGUGCGUGUCCUGCCAGACGAAGCGCACCGAGCGGAGGGCGCCCAAGUGUCGCAAGUGCAGGACGGCUGUUAUUGGGCAGUACAUCCGUGCCUUGGGCGGUGAGUGGCAUGACGAGUGUUUUCGGUGUGCUACCUGCAACGGCGGGUUUGAUGACGGGCAGAUUUUCCCAGUCGAAGGUCGGGGGGCGCCAGGAGAGACGGUGGUGCUGUGUAGGAAGUGCAGGGAAAAGGAGCUGAAGGCAUGAGGAUUAUGCAUUAUUAAUGGGGCCGCUACGCGUGGGCGUUGAUUUGAUCUUAUUUCGGUUCGAGUCUUCUCGGUUAGAUGAUCUACAGCGGAGACUGGAGUUUUCAUGGCUCUGCGUAGUUCUUGGCUUGAUAGAUCCAGCAUAUGAAAUUCAUUUACCGUGCAGCUUUCCACAGACACACAGCUUUGUGGUCUCCUUUCGGUGGGAGUGAAUGGUUGAGAGUUGGCGAGCGGAUCGCCUUACCUUCACGAAGUAGGCUCCUGAAUAGGCAGCAGCACGUUUGAAGCGCAGGAGCAAAGCUUGGUCUCAAGUGACCAUAUGAUGAUGUCGAGGAAUUAAUAGCAUUUAACUCCCGACCGGCAAACGAAGAUUCCUCCAGUGUGCCAGAUACCUGCGCCAAAAGAUGCGCCAACCAAUUCAGGUGGGAACCCAGCGACAAAAUCUCGAUGCACUGGUUCGAUCAUGCCUCGUUGGUAUGACCCCCCCAACGAUGU